AGAAAGUUUCGCUACCAUACAAUUAUACCAUCUUCCCAAUCCGAUCAAAACAACUUCCUAAAGUGCAGACAGACACGUUUUUCUGCUGGUUUCACCCCUCAAAUACCUUUUGCUAGUUCAGUGGCAAUGUAUUUUUGCAAGCUAAUUGACUUCUAAUACAAGAAACCUUUUCGAAAACAAAUUGUAAGUCUCCAAUUUAACUUUCUGUCUAUCACGGGAGAUCGGCCUUUGGGACAAGGUGUGUUGCUCUCACCUUCUACAACUUGUAGUCUUUCACUUCAAUACCUGCAAGAACAAAAUAAGGCACGUCUCUUAAGAACACUAAAAACGGAUAAACUAUCGAAAAGCACAUUGUUGUGAAGUCAGUCAGUGCCUUGCGCGGUACCAGGUUUUGCCUCUGCAAUUCAUGAAAAGAGAAACAAAGUCUGCCGCAUUUCUCUCACAAGAUAUGGACACACAGCUAACCAGUUCAAUAAAGUGAGAGACCUUGAAAAAGGCAUCUGAGAGAAGCUCAACAAGCAGGAAGAAGUCCAACAAGGAGGAAUCAAUAGAUCGUUGGCCAGCAUGGGUCCAGUUAUCAAUUCAAAGCCAUGGACGAAAUCCAAGAAUGAAAACGGACCAAGGAAUUGUGAAGAAGAGUCAAAAAGCCGGACAAUACCGAUCUCAGAAGAAAUAGAUAAUAUUCUGGAGAAGUAUGAAACCCCCAAAAAGAUUAACAAGUACAGGAAUCUUGUGAUAAUUGAUGCUUCGGAUUCAGAUGAGGCUGGAGAAACUUCAAAAGUAACCACUCAGACGAAAGCCUUGACCACCACCCGAACCUCAUCAAACGAUGAAUCUCUUGAAUCAAUCUCCAAAGUCUUCAACAACAUCAACAACAACAAAAACAAUAACAAUAGCAACAACAGUCUCAGACAGACCAGUUACCACCACUGCACAUAUGAGAGAUUUAGCGGCGAAGGAUUACAAAUACCAUGCCCCAGAUUACAAUAUAGUCUUUUUGAUAAUAUUGAAUCCAUUGGGUCAAAUUUAAUGAUACCAACAUUCAAUCAAUCCCGAAUGAAUCUUCAACAUAUUUCCAAAACCGACGGAGACCAUGAAGCUAGGAUAGAGCAAGAACUCCAGCAGAGUACUGCAGAAAUGAAAUCACGGUCAAAUAGUUCUGUUUGCCAUAUAACUGAUCUGGAAGAAGCAAAGACAAAAGUAAGUUCUUUCCUACAAAUCAGUCUUGUUCUCUUAUCGCAUCUGUACUACAAGGCAAGGGCAGGCAAGGCUGUCUAUCAUACCUCGUUCUACAGCUAUGGAAUCAUUCUAUGGAGUUAGUUGUCUUGGCUAGCCCCACUGCAUUUAGCUAAUAUUUCAUGCACCUGCAGAACAUCCAAAAAGUUCCCCAUCUCGAGAAGACUGAAAAACCCCAUGCAAAUCAUGGAAAAUCAAUAAUUCAACACAUUAAUGAUUUUGAUGGUUCAGAUACUCAGAGGUAUAUCUUCAUCGGGGAAGGUUAUAGGUUUCUCUUUGGUUCAAAACUAAUUUUCAUAAGUGCAAUAACUGGCGUCAAUGAUGCGCCAGAGGAAGAGGAUAUAGAGCCAAGCAAGACUGGAGUGAAGACCGAGUGGUAUGGGAGUUGACCAGGUGAACAUUUUUACAUGGCGCAUGUGCUAAUCAAUUGCGUAGGGGUUUUAAAAUUCGUUAUUACAGUUCCAUCCAGGACCGUACAAAAAUGGUAUGAUUUAAACAUGCUACAGAUAUAACGUUCAACUGGCUGACAGUUAGAAGGUCAGACGUAACCUCAACGGUGGAACAAAACCUGUGAAUAGGUUGGGCGACAGGCAGAGUGGCGCUACGACAUCACAAACACGCGGGAUCGAGCCAUUCAAUUUUCAUGAUGACCGACCCAGCAAGAAGCAGAGAACAGAGCAGGCUCCUCCAAGUCAUGGAAAAUAUGGCGGACCAAACCAGCUGGAGCAAGGAGCAAGUCAGGAAUCUGGUGGGCAUAAGCUUUUUCAAGGUGAGCCGCCUGACACAUGUGCGUCUGUUGAAGAAUUCAACACCGUCGAGAGGAUAGUAAGGCCAAAGCCACGUCGCCCAAAACGCCACGCCACUACUACGCGCACAAUUAACGGCUCCUCAGGAGGCCCCGGCAAUAACCGAGAUGGAGCUCAUAUCAAACCUUCGAGGCAAAAUGACAACUCAAGGAGCCGAAGUCAUACAAAUGGAUACUUGGAGGAUUCCGAUGACCCGAUUGUUGACGAUGACCCGCACACGUUAAUAUCUGGCUCCCAAACGUCACCUCAAGUGAUAAUUCCUUCAUACGUCGGAACUUCAAACCUGAAACCGGCACGCCAGAACCCACACUCAAGAGCAGAUGGAUCUCAUAGAUCACUGAACUACCAGAAACUACAAACUUCGAAGAAAUCUUCGUCCAACUUUACACAAGAGAGAAGAGCUUUGAAAGAGCUACACAUAGAUGAUACCAGCGAGGAUGAGCUGUCUCAAGUAAACCCACCUGGGAUAGCAAAUGGAAAUCAUCUCAACAAAGCACAGGAAGAAGGGAAGGCGAACGAUAGCGGCAGUGAUGGAGGUUCCGAAAACGAACCGAGCCUCGUGAAAACGGGGGAUAUAACCCCAACCAAAUGGGGCAAUCGUGGGACUGGUGACAGGACAUUACGACAACUGGAAAGCUACGGACAACAAUACAGAGUUCGAAGCGUCUUCUCAAGAAGUAGAUAUUGGUAUAGGCCCGAUAAUUCGUCAAAGAGCUGGUAUGUGGGUUUGGAUCAAUGUGGAUUCGUGAAACUCUUGGUUGAUACGAAGCCUGACCCAGAAUUUUCUAUAAAAGCAGCUUCUAUACUUGGGAUAAAAGCUGGACAUAAUUCUCGCAAACUGAUAAUUCGAAAAUCAAUGGAGACUGGUCCUAUGCAAGACUCCGAGAUGUUCAUAGAAUUCGACUCGCCCAGUUCUGCUCGAAAUUUCCGGAACUCGCUUCCGAUCCCAGAAGGUGUUCGAACUUAUUGCAUGGAAGAGUACAUAUUCAUGAUCCUCAUCAUUGAUACCACAAGCUAACAAAUUAUCUAGAUCCGAGAUUGAUCAAACCUUUCACCACGCCCGUGAAAUUCUCGACAAAAGAGCUGUACAGGCAGUCAAUAAACGAAAUAGGGCUGAAAGCCAUCCCGAAGAUAUUCAACUUCUGGCGUCAAACCAAAAGAGACGAACAGCACAGCUGAUACAAUCACCCAGAUAUGAAAUUCAGCAGCCAAAUAGUACUCAUCCUCCAAAAGCAAAGAGGCAAAAGCUUCAUGAGAGAAUGCAGACUCCCGACACACCACAAAAUAUGAAUGAUAAUCUUGAUCCAAUAGAUGCUACGGAGUUCUAUUCAAGAUCAAGCCAGGCCACUGGAACUCGUGCGUCAUUGCGGAGUUCUGACAGGCCUAAGCAAUCCAAACCAGCCCCUAAAGCAAGGACACCCAGCCCAGAGCGCUGGUCAGAAAUAAAUAAAGCUUGGGUGAAGGAGUGGAACAAAUCCGUCGUAUAUCCUAGGGCUGGUAAAAAGACAGCUACUGUUGACAAGCAAGAUAUUCACAGGCUUGAUGACGGAGAGUUUUUGAACGAUAAUCUUAUCAUGUUCUACCUUCUCUGGCUCGAGCAGCAACACCCAGAGUUGGCUAAUCGGGUUUACGUUCAUAACACAUUCUUCUACGCAAGCUUAACCAAAGCAGCAAAAGGCAAGAGAGGGAUCAAUUAUGAAGCAGUUGAGAGAUGGACGGCAAAAGUCGAUCUUCUUUCUUAUGAUUAUAUUAUUGUGCCCGUCAACGAAAACACUCACUGGUAUGUGGCGAUCAUAUGCAAUGCACCCAAGCUUCUGGAUUUAGAGAAAAAAGAGCAGUUGGAUUCAACGGAGAAGGAUGCGAAAUCUGAAAUGGAUGGAGAAGUAGAGUCUCUUGAAGACAGCAAAUCUCCGACGCCAUCUCGAUCGCAGCAGUCCGUCCCAAUGAGAUCUGUAAGCGAAAUGGAUGAUAAUGGUGUUGACAGUAGUUUUAAAGGAUUGUCUUUGUUAAGCGGCGAGGAAACCAAAACUCCAUUGGAUAUCGAACAUGCUGAAAGUCUCCUUCCUAGCAAUGACAGGUUGCCCACCAUCUCACCGGAUGUUGAUCGCGGCAACAUCUCUGCAAAUAAGGCUGCCACAAAUGUGAUUAACCUAGCAGAAUCAAGCUCGCCAACAGCAAAGCUAAAUUUUGGGACGAAGGGCAAGAGACUUCCCCCGACUUGCAAUUAUGACACAAAACAGCCUAGAAUCGUUACUUUUGAUUCACUUGCUUUAAAGCACCCUUCUACAUGUUUCAAUCUAAGGGAUUACAUUGUGGCGGAGAUAAAAUCAAAGAAAGGCAUCUCAAUUAUACCCCCCAAAGCCAUCGGCAUGGCAGCUAAGACACAAGCAAAAGACGAUGACACAGGAAGAUAUCUAGGCAAAGGUCUUCCUGAACAAGGCAACUUUUGUGAUUGCGGUGUGUACCUCCUAAGCUAUAUGGAGGAAUUCUUUGAACGUCCCGAUGACUUCAUCGAAGACAUCAUGGAGAACAAGUAUGAGGUUCAUGGCGAUCGGAAUAACACACCUGCAUUUCGUACCAAGAUCCGAGAGCUUCUCUUCCAGCUACAAGAAGAACAAACUCGAGAGGCAAUUGCAGCCAAAAAGGCGAAAAUAGCCAAAAAGCAGAAAGGUAUUCCAUUAAUGACUAAGGACAAAGUUGAGCCCUUAGACCAUCAGAUAGCGUCUUUCCCUUUGUCAAGCAGUGAUGAACAGCCACCUGCUUCCACUGCCUCUCCUGUCGCUGAACGUGGUAACCAAGAAUCUUUGACAGAGGCUGCAAGAAUUAUCGCAAAAUCAUUACCAAUUUCAAGGGGAAAAGAGGUCAUCAGUAUUGAAGAUAGUCAGGACAACCUUCAAGGGAAAUCCGAAGAAGAUACUGCACCGAGUUUUAUCAAGGAGGCAGACCACAGGACCGCUGAAAAACAACCUAGAUCAAGGGGCCGCGAUGGAAAGCCUCGUCAAACUACCUCAACUGGGGUAAGAUCCAGUCCUCCCAAGCCUGAUGUACCCAUCGAAAUUCGUGAUUCUUUCGAAGAUCAAGAAAGCACGCAGGAGAAUGCAGAUAACGAGUCUCAACAACAGAAGGGAAAGGACUUUGUUAUUGAACUCGAUAAAGAUGAGUCUCAUACCGGCAAAGCUAAGAUUAGACAAGACUCUCAAAGUGGUACACAGUGGUUUGGCAAUGUGGUGGGUAUGGUGGAAAAAUACUUGAACAAAUCGGCAGGCCCGACAGCCUCGAAAGACGAGGUUUCAGGGCCCGCGCCCAAGUCUCCAGGACAGAAUGAUCCUCAAGCCCUGAAAAGCUCGUCGCGUGUUGGUAUGAAUACGCCUCAGCGAUCGAAAAAGGAAAUGAAACCGAGGCAGCUUGUUCCGAGAUUACGUUCACCAUUACCGGAGCAAGUUGACACAAAUUUGUCAGUCAGCGUGGGAUCAUACUCUAAUAGUGACGUGGUGGAUUUGACUGAAGAUGGUGCAGACCAGAUGCUCCUAGAUCAGGAUAAUUCCUCCUUUCCAGACGUUCAAGUAAUUGCAUCUUCCCCGCUGAUGGCUGGUUCACAAGAACCCGAUAGAUCAAACGAUCAAUCAUCUAUCAUGGCACAAUUCGGCCGGAAAAGUAAUACAUUGAGAGGAGAAGAUGGAUAUAAAGCCCCAGAACGCUUUCGUCAUCCUGGUAUGGAAGGGUUCAUAAACAGUCAACCCUUGUCUGGACGAGAUUCUGUAGAGGCGGCGAUGAUUUCCCAGUUCAAGCACUGACUCGAAAAGCAGCUAGCAGCUAGCAGCUAGCAGCUAGCAUCAUUUUUCUUUCUCUGGAGUCUUCGGCGUUUAUUUACUUUGAUCUAUACCAGAUGGGUCUUUCUUGCAUGUAAACUCUGGAGUCACAUCAUAGCUAUAGUUGCUUAUGGUAGCAUUGUUCCAUUUUGAAUUGAUGGAUAGACGUUUCCUUUUUUUUGUGGGACUGUGCUGGAGGAGUCGUGCGAUGAUACAGAAGGGGGAGGCGCUAGGGAAAAGUAAUGAUUGACUUGAUGGAUGGGUGAAGGGGUAUGGGUCACUAGUGCAGAGUUAGAAAUGGGAAGACGAUAUUUCUGAAAGUUGCUGGAGGUGAACGUGGCUAGAUGGACAUUUCAAGCAAAUAAAAGCAAUUUGCUUUCGUAGAUAGACACAAUAAAUAAUGUAUACAGCAGUG